UAUGCGGGUAAAAAAUAUAAUUAAUAAUUAAAAAGAGGCGGGUAAUGCAAUAAGAAGAUUAGCUAAAGAAGAAAUCAAAGUUAGUUAUAGAUAAUGUAAGUUCAUAAUUGAAUGUAGUCUGAUGAAGAGGAGAUCUGUAAAAAAGUGAAAUUAGAAGAUCCAUCAUAUUCUGAGGAAGAAGAAGAAGUUGUGGAUGUGGAGGAGUUAGAGGAAUCAGAGGAAGAAGAAAAGGCAAAGAAAAACAAAAAACAAGAGACUAUUGAAGUAAUAUUUAGAAUAUAAUAAAUAGGAUGAAGAUUAUAUAUAUGUAGACAAAUUGCCUAACUCUGAAGCAAUGUUGAGAGAUUUAAAAAAGUAAGUAGAGCAAAGAAUUAAAUAUUACAAAAUGAAAUACAUUCAAGAAUAUCAUGAGAAUCAUACAAAAUAGAGUUUUGUUCACAAUGAUGCCAUUCCGAUUUGUACUGAUGUCAGACUAAUGGAUUUUUAAGUAAAUUUAAUUCGUGAUAAUUUAAGAAAUUAAGAGAUGAGCAAUUGAAAAUAGCAGGACAAUUGUUUGAUGUAAUCAUGAUGGAUCCACCCUGGCAAUUGUCAAGUUCAUAGCCAUCAAGAGGAGUUGCUAUUGCUUAUUCUUCUUUGGCUGAUGAAAAUAUUAGUAAAAUGCCAAUAGAAACAUUGUAGGAGAAUGGUAUUAUAUUAAUAUGGUAAAAUUAUAAAUUUAUUAUUAAGGACUAUUAAUGCUAAAUAUAAGGUAACAUGUAAGUUAAUUGAAUAAUGGGGUUACAAAUUAAUAGAUGAAAUUAUAUGGUGUAAGAAGACUGUCAAUGGUAAGAUAGCUAAAGGACAUGGAUUUUACUUAUAGCAUGCAAAAGAAAACUGUUUAGUUGGUGUUAAGGUAAAUAUUAUGAUUAUUUAUAUAAAAUAGGGUAACAUAAAUUUAGAUCCCAAAAGAUUUAGAUAAGGUGUUGCAAGUGAUAUUAUCUUUAGUGAAAGGAGGGGCUAAAGCCAGAAACCAGAGGAAAUAUAUUAAUAUGUUGAAUAAUUAGUUCCAAAUGGUAAAUAUAUAAUUAUAUUCAAGGAUAUUAUUUGGAGAUAUUUGGUAGAAGAAAUAAUGUCAGAAAGAAUUGGGUAACGAUUGGAAAUGAAUUAUGA